UCUUCGGCGAUAGGAUAGUGAGUAGCUGAAUUACGUUUUAUUUGUCUGUAAAAAAAUUAAAUUGACAUUGGCAAGUGAUACCUACUCCAAUACGUCACAACGUUAAAAUAAAAUUGGUAGUAAUACUACAUAGACGAGGAUAUAUUUAUUUAUUUAUACUUCGAUAGAGCCAGAUAGAGGCCGUAAAUAAAGUAUUUUGCGUGUUUCAAAAAUAAAUAAACUAUAAAAUGUCUGGUGCCAACGUAGCACCUAUAACUGCUACUGACAGCUUGUCCCAAGCGUUAAAAGCCAAUAUUAUUCCUAAUCAGGAAUAUUUACUUCAGGGCUCCGUUUUGGACUCUGCUGUUGAAGUAUUGCUACAUCGACUCCGUGGGCUUUGUGACAAUGUUGAUGCUGGUCCAGAGACUUUCAAUGAUCAGGAAGUUUGUUUCAGUUUACGAGAUCCUAAUCAACAGGCUGCACCAUUGAUGCUUCGUGUUCGUAAAGCCCUGGAUGCACGUGACAUGCCAUACCAACUGCGGUACAUCGGCCAACCAGACCUAGGAGACAAGAAUCGGCCUACUGUUGUGAGAUCCAGCCUUGACAUCGCUUGCAGUGGCAUGCUGCUAGAUUUCCUCAGUGAAUUGGGAUGUAGAAUUGAAUUUGAAUAUAGUGUGAAAGGUUACAUGUUCAGAAAAGGACGAAUGAAAAUUACUGUUGCAAAGGUGUUCAAAAUAUCCCAGAGCUCUAUGACUCCAGAGCCGAUUUCUCAGAGUUACUUAGUAGAGUUGUCUGUACUAGCGCCUCAAGGGCAGGAUGCGAUCGCGGAGGAUAUGCGGCAGUUUGCGGACCAGCUGCGGCCGCUGGUGCAGCUAGACAAGAUCGACUACAAACGGUUAGGGCACAUGCCGGUCACUUAGCCCAUGUUCCUCACUUAGGCCGCCUUUACAUGAGCUUCGGUCCAGUCACAGAAAUCUGAAUAUUUAGAAUGGCCUAAAACAUAUAAUUUCUUGGUGUUGAUGUCAAAAAUUUUCUAGUUGCCUACAGGCAUUUGACUUUUUCAAUUUUUUAAAUAAUUUCAUUUCAUUGAUAUAAGUUACACAGUGAUGUUCGCCCACUCGCUCAAUCGAAUUCUUUUUUGUAACUGGUGUUCAAUAUUUGUAAUACUUUUACAAUAAUAAAAGAAAUAAGUAUGAUUCAUAACAUUAAAACUAAUCUAUUUAAUUUAAAUUCAGAUACGAAUUUCUAACUUUUGUGUAACUUGUCUUUAGUGAUUGAGGCAGUGACAUUCAUUGAUAAAUCUUACUUAUUUAUUCUAUAAAGUCAUAAUACACCAUUUCUAUUUAUAUAUUCCGAUUUCUAUGAUUUCAUAGUGAGAUUUUUGUGUAAAGACAGCCUUAGUUUACAAGAAUACAAAUAUCGAUACCAGAAAUAUUUUAAAAUAAGAGUUUGAACUACCGAAAAUGCAAAGCGACUGCUUUCUUUUCUAGAUUUGAUAAGGAUAGGUACAUUACUUAACUACUUUUUAAGUUUUUUUAAUGUGUAAAUAAGGGCUAAUGAUACCCUUGCGUUGCGUGCACCGUGGUCAUAUGACAUCUGCAUUUUUGUAUGCAUAGUUAAUAGCCAAUCCAUGUUUAAUAUUAUUAAUUAAAGUAAACGUCUCCGCGUUUUUAUUUCCAUUAAAAAGAUUUUUAUCGCCUAUAGAAAGAGAUAACGCCAAAUAAAUGUACAAGCAGAAAAAAUAGUCUUGAAAUUACAUAUUUGAAUUGAAUCCCACUUAGUAUUAUAAUUAUGUGUGGAUGUUUGUUACUCAAUCACGUUAAAUCGACUGAACGGAUUUCAAUGAUAUUUGGUAUACGUGUUGAUGUAUCCUGGAAUAGCACAUAGAGUACUUUUAUCUUUUAUCCCCAAACUUCGCACGUCAGCGAAGCACCAGGGCGCAGCUAGUAUGUUGAUAAUGUUACUUUUGCAAUCAGACUACUGUUAUGGCAAUAAAAUGUACUUAUAAAUAUGUAUCAUGAUAACUCUUAAUCUGUCUGUCUCUUAAUAUAAGUACAUUUAAAUGUAAAAUUGUAAAAACAAAUGGAGUAUCUAAUUUAAUUUUACCAUCUAUAAAUAUGUCCUUCCACCACUUUACAUAAUGUUUGUAGUAUUUAGGAAAAUUAAGGAGCUCAAAAAUAUAUGCGUUUCACAAACAAA